CUGCAAUGAAACGGCAUUUCUGCAGCUGAUGCCCAUGCCCAGUGCUGGCUUAUGGACGUGCACACAUCAGUUUGCUCACAGCACCAGGCAAACUCCCCUUUUGGGCUGUCUGUGAGACAGCCAGUGGACUUUAACUCAUUUUCUUGGCCUGGAGAGGCAAACUGCUGUGGAAGUUGGUUAUGCUGUUUUCAGGAACCUGGAAUUAGCAGUAAACAUCAGCACUUAGUCCUGACCUGCAAAGCCCAGUAACAGAGUCAAAGCCAAGUCCUUUCUUUAGCUGUCCCUCCUGCCCCCAUGCACUUUGGGGUGCUGGAGGCUACAGAAAGCCCAAUGCCAACUAUAGAGAGGGGUGGGAAGUGCUGACAAGCUAAAGACAGCCCCAUGCUGAGUUAGAUCCUGCUCAUACCAGAUGUUUUCUAAUGGGUGUGUUGUGUUUAGGGCUGUUUCUCAAGUUUGAGCGGCAGGGGUGUAGACUGGACUGUGGUGGAGGGAGCCCUGGCCCUGCAGCCCAGCACCUUCCUGCAGCAGGAGAGGUUACUUUAACACAAUUACUCUGAAAUGUGCUUGUGUGCUGCGUGCUGAGAGCCCUUCCACAUGUCUCUUUCUGCUCACCCUCUCUCUCUGCAGUUAUGAAACCCCAGCAGCUGUGGAUGCCCUGACUGCACAUGGCUCAGCAAGAUGGUUUUUGUGCAAGAAAAGGGGCUGAAGCUGUGAAGUUGGUGUCUAGGGGCAGGAUUUCCCCACAUUCAGUCCCAGCACAGCCUUUGGCUGGGUCUGCUCCAGACUGGUGAGAAGUGUCCACACCCUUGACUGACAUAUGUACAUCUGGAGUUUUGGUUAUUGCAGAAUCCUGGCUGUCCUUGGGCUCUGGAGACAGAGGCAGACAGCUGAGACUUUCACUCUUUCUGGGUCAAGAAAAUGUAUUUUUUAAAGCUUCUUGCAGAGAAAAUAAGCAGAAAUUACAAUCAGCCUGUACCAAUCCCUUCUGUCCCUUACUAAUGUGCUCCCUUUGUGAUUCCUGCCAGUUUGCUACAUAGAUGAGCUGUUACAUGCUGAGCAGACACGUGUAUUUGCUUUGUGACCCAGUGGCUCUCCUGAAGAUGCUAAAGGCGCUGCUAGUAACAGCUGAACCCCACCACCACCACUCCCCGGCCCCAGCCCGCUGUGAAUGGCACCGAAACCGCCUUUGUUCCCCUCCCCGGGGGGCAGGACCGCACCGCCCGCGGCUAUAAAAGGAGGCGGCGGCUCCAGCCCCAGCCCCAGCCCCGGUCCCGGCUAUGGGCCGCCCCGCCGCCGCCGCCGCCGCGCUGCUCUGCCAGCUGGGGCUCUCCGCGGCCAUCCAGUGGCUCGGGCUGAUGGAGAGCGGCAGCGGGGUGGCCUGGAACGAAAGCCACCACUGCCGGCUGCUCGCCGGGCUGGUGCCCGACCAGCUCCAGAUGUGCCGCAGGAACCUCGAGGUCAUGCCCAGCAUCGUCCAGGCCGCCCGCCACACCAAGAGCAGCUGCCAGAAGACCUUUGCAGACAUGAGGUGGAACUGCUCCUCCAUCCAGCAAGCACCCAGCUUUGGGCCUGACCUGCUGAGAGGAACCCGCGAAUCUGCCUUUGUCUACGCGCUGGCCGCCGCCACCAUCACACACUCCAUCGCCCGAGCCUGUGCCUCGGGAGAGCUCCCUCUCUGCUCCUGUGGCUCCGUCCCCUCAGAGGUCCCUGGGCCAGACUUCAGAUGGGGUGGCUGUGGGGACAACCUGAGCUAUGGCCUCCAGCUCGGCACCGCUUUUGCUGACAGUCCCUUAAAAUCCAGCAAGCUGGGGACACAAGCGCUCAAGGCCAUGAAUCUACAUAACAGUGCAGUGGGUCGGCAGGUGCUGAGUGACUCCCUGGAUACCAAGUGUAAAUGCCAUGGUGUUUCAGGCUCCUGCUCAGUGAAGACCUGUUGGAAGGGACUGGCAAAGCUGGAUGAAAUAGCCUCUGACCUCAAGUCCAAGUACCUGGCAGCCAUCAAGGUGACCCAUCGGCUCAUAGGGCCCAGGAAGCAGCUGAUACCCAAGGAAAUGGAGGUCAGGCCAAUGGAAGAGACGAAUCUGGUUUAUCUCAUCAACUCUCCUGACUAUUGCACACCGAAUCUCCACCUGGGGUCUCUGGGGACACAGGAUAGGCAAUGCAACAAGACCUCCGUGGGCAGCGACAGUUGUAACCUUAUGUGCUGUGGCCGCGGCUACAACACCUACAUGGAGGAGGUGGUGGAGAGAUGUCACUGUAAAUAUCACUGGUGCUGCUACGUGGUGUGCAAGAAGUGUCGGCGGAAGGUGGAGAGAUACGUCUGUAAAUAACACCAGAGGCGUCGUGGCAGGUAGGACUCUUGCCCUGGCAUCCUCUGGAGAUGAUACAGAUGGAGACCAAACACCAAUCACGAGGGAUACUCUGAGCUGUGGCAAGAAGGGGGAAUGCAGGAAGCCUGUGCAGCAGCAUUACCAUGGAAGACCUCAGACUGAGAGAUGCCAGGAAGCCUAAGGCCGGAGGCCAACCUCUGCUCCACCUCUCCAGAGCAAGACAAAGGGCUGCCCUCCUGCAGCUGAUCAGGAGCGUCCAACCCUCCGUCUCCAGCUGGGGACAAACCAUUUAUCACUCCACAUGCACAGGCCCUUUUCUCCAGGGGUGAAUGGGGAGUCUGGGCUGCCAUUGUCUCUUUGCAGGAGGCUUCUGACAGUGGCCUGAAAGCCAGGAGUGAUGGAUGGGAAAGGGGGUAGCAAGUUGUCCACUGGGAGAAGGCUGCAGGGGAACAAAGCUGCUUUGGGUGAGGGGGUCAUGGGCAACUCUUCUGGGGGAAGGUUUCCACUGUGGGCUCACCCAAUACUACUGACUGUUCCUCCUCAGGGGCAAACACUGGUCCAGUUCCCUUUGCAGCAUCUGAAAUGAAGACCAGGCUUGACACAUGCAGGACCAGUUAAUGCUUCAGAAAACAGAGCUCACUGAUCCUCCCCAUGACCUGCAUUGAGAUUACUGCUGCUCUCAGUGCUAAGUGAAGAUAGCAAACACAUCUAGGGACAGGAGUGGUCCUGGGGACUGCUGAAGCAGGGCAGCAUGGCAAAACUGUGCCCAGCAGCCUUGUAGUAACAGGGCUUGUGCCCUCUGAGCUUCUGUUGGAGGUGGAAGCCUACUCAGUGCAUGGCAUGCUCACGGCUUGUUUGUCCUGCCCUUUUGUUUUAGCCCACUAAGGUCUUCAGCCCACUCCUUCCACCCCCUUAAUACCAGGCAUGCUGGCACUCUGGCCUGGAGAGAGGAUGCAGCUGGUGAAAUAAGAAUGAACCUUUAGUCUCUAUACUUAAUGUAAGUGGGAUUCUGGUGUGUGUUUUAUAAAUAAAUGUAUUAUAUCUUA